AAGCACAAAUACGCUGCGAGGGCCGCAAACGAGUACAAAGGUAUUACUUCGCACAAUGUUUCUGAAGCCGCUUUUCUGGUUUUUGAUUGGUAGCACUUAGCAGGAUACUGCAAAGAACAGCUGUGAUGAAUGCAUGGUCACAUCAGCCCAUGGAACAUUUUUACGGAGGAAGGAAUGCUCGUACCACAGAAUACCUACGUGACGGUUCACUGACGUUAGCUUUGAAGCCGACUGUGCUGCAUUGAAUGAUGGCUGAAAACCCCUUUGUUGCGUCUCAAGGAACUGGCUCUGGGCAUCUCUUGGAAUAUCCCAAAGGCUUUAACGAGAUUCAAAGUGCGGACAUCGACAUGCAGUUUGUUGGAACAUGUUCCAAGGUCAAUCUGACCUGCUUAUUCCAGUGUACCUAUCAAGUUCUCAAAGCGAACAGUUCUGCCAGUGAUCUCCCUGUGGUCGUGGGCCUCAACAAACAACCUCAGGAUGUUGUAGCGUUCUGCCAGGAAAAUGCAUACGGCAUUGUGUCUGAAAUUGGUGCAGCUAUUGACAAGUGCUUGCUGCAGGCACUGGGAAAAGACAUUAAUGCUGCUGGCCUGUAUGGUUUGGCCUUUGUUAGAUGUGGAGAAUUUGAGGAUGCUGCAUUUAUAACUUUUGUGAAGAACAACCAGCUAGUCAUAAAAUACCUUGUUUCUUUCAAGCUAGGUAUGGCUUCGAGCUUUGCUGAUGUACUAAAUAUAAAAUUGCACAAGUUGGGCGUGUCCGAUUCCUGUCGGCUGGUAGCAGCAACUGUUGACAGAGAUUGCUUUCAUAUGGAGGAGAUCGAGGCCUUAUUAAGUGCAAAAAAGGACCGCACAAAUGCGCUCCUCGAGUUUCACUGUGUUAUUUAUAAGUUAGAGUCUGUGCUGGGUCACGCACUGCAGAAGUCUAUGCUGGAUGACCCUCAAGUAGCCAUUAUAGCCAAUCUGUGCAACAUGCUGAAGAACCUGGCUCUAGCUGAUGACCUCAACCUUGGAGAUGCGAUGUUUCAAGGCCCAGAGUCAUCAACGAGCACAUUUUUUAACUACAAGACUCUGGUUACGCUGCACAAUCACUGGCUGGACAUCGUGACCAAAUUGAACAAAGUUUUGGUGGAUUCGCUCGUGGAAGACGACCGUCAGGUGAUCUCUUUCAUUCUGGCCACCCUCAAGUCGACGACUUUCAUAGUGAACCUGGUGUUUUACAUCGAGCUCUUCCGAAGCCUACAUGAGUGGACAAGCCGGGUGGUGGUGCUGGGCAUCCCUGCUUACCAGGUACUCAACGAGUUGCAGGGUGCCUCGAGCACGCUCCGCCACCACACCGCCACGGGUGGCGUUCGCGUCGAGGAACUGCUUGAGGAACUGCGACAAAGCUGCGGCCGCUAUCGCGGUGUCGACAUUAGCUGCGAUCUGGACGAGGCGCUGUUCACGGCCACUAUGAACAGGGUGUGCAGCCUCAUGGCCGAGAUCCUAGACGACAUCGUGCGCCAGACCAGCCCGUCGAUCAGCAAGUUCAGCAUUCUGGACCCUAAGGUGUGGCCAGUGGACUCGUGUCAGCUAGACGACUUUGGGUUCGACUCGAUAAAAGCGCUGGCGCGAGAGUAUCGCUACUCGCUGCUGGAUAAUGUCGACGUGUUCCAAGAAUGGGGAUCAUACAAGCGGACGGUGCAUAAUUCGUUUGUGACGCAGCUGAGAGACAACUUCGAUGCCCUGGCCGUCAGGAUGGUGUCUUCUUUCAAAAGCUUGUACCCCGGCAUUGUGACGCUUCUGAGCGCGGCAACAUUGCUGUGUCCUGCAUCUAACGUCCUUCAAAAGUGCACCCAACUCCUGUUGGAAGGCGAGCAGAGCGAAGAAGUGCGAAACAUACAGAUCAAUGGUCCACCCGUAGGGUCAUGGUCAGCGGCUGCGGCGCUGUCGUUUUUGUUGCAAGAACGUUGUGUUGAACAAACUGCCCAGUUUUCUGACAAAGCUUGUGACCUUGUGCUGCCUCUCGAAGCUGUUAGAAGCUUGUUUGUGAACACCGUCUAGCAAUAGUAUAGUUUUGUAAAUGCUGUUGAGUUUUGUAGACAGAUACCGUAGCAACUGGAAGGAGUGCGUAAUUGACCCUCACGUGUUUUUAUUCUUUGUAGUGAAAGUUUUGGACAGACGUCUACAUAGUUUAUACAGGCGACAUGCCUGGAUGCUUUCAUCAAGGAGUACAGAAAAAAAAAGAUCUGGAGUGGAGCUAAUGUCCCGAAAGUGAAGCCAGGCCGCUGCCAUCUUGCUCAGUCAAAACACACACACAAAAAAAAAACUUCACUGACGAUUACAAUACUCCCUAAUGCAAAAUUUGCUCAAUACUUAUUAUUGCGAUAGCAACUAUAUGGACUCCAGGUGCAUUUCUGCCGUCGCCGUCGCCGUGAGGUUCCGUAUAAUGUCAAAGGGCGAUAUUAUUGCGGUAGCAACUAUAUGGACUCCAGGUGCAUUUCUGCCGUCGCCGUCGCCGUGAGGUUCCGUAUAAUGUCAAAGGGCGAUAAAAUCGUCGCCGCGCGCCGUGUGCUGUAUGUGCGAAUGAAAGCGUGCGAGGGUGAGCUGUCGAUCGCGACUCAAUCUCGCGCACACAGGGGAGGAAAGAGGGGAGGAAGCGCGCCGUCUUCCGUCGCACACUCGCUAAUCGUCUUCCGUGGGUGAAGUGGGUGCGCGAUUCACAACAGCCGCCGCAGACAGUCCUCCGCUCAUGCAGCGGUUUGUUUCCAUAUGUGGUAUCCGUGGACGCGCUCGCCGCAUGCCUUAUCAAUGGCAUCAUCAAUGAACAGAUGACGGCGCGCUACUCUGGCGCCAUCUCGUAGUGGUUGUCGCCGCAGAGCCCGUCUUGGGUAUUGCAGAGCCCGCAAUACGCUUUUGUCACGCUUUCGCGAUACUUUCCUCCGUCUUCCAUCCCCCGCUGCGCUCCGUGUUCACUCUUUAAACUACACUGUGCUCGUUCGGUCGGUUGCGCCGAGAGACGCUGCCGACGCUGAGGGACGCCGACGCUCGACGCAGAAACGGGCGCCUUAGAGCUGCGCUCUAAAAUAUAAGGCUGUAAUGGGGAAUAGGAAGCGCUUUCUUCUCACUUCCCACGUAUUUAAGGUAGUGGCUAAUUUCACCGUACAAGUUCUACUCAAUGCCCAUCUUUGUGUCACUGGUUUUUUUAUGAACCUUCAACGUCCUGCUUCAGCGUCCUGAAAAAAAUAAUAGAUCGUACCAGUACUCAUUAAAAGCUAAAAUUUAGCUAGAAACACCGACAUUUUCUACUUAACCUAUCCAUUAGCAUACGAAAGCACUUAAGUUGCUUGUGGACUCCAGCUGUUGCUCUCUCUCAGAGGUGAAAUAGGGGAAUGCAUCAUGCAACCGCACAAAAACAAGGGACAAAGAAGGAACUCCCUUGUUUUUGUGCGGUUACAUGAUGCAUUCCAAUAUCGCCCACCAACUAGCCCGCCUAUUCCUGUUAAAUGUGAAAUAGGGGCAAGCGCUGGCUUCACUUUGGCUGUUAAGAAACUGCGUGGGCCACCGCUCCAGAAUUGUUUUUUGAAACCUACUUGGUUUGCAUGAGGCAACAUGCCAGGUAUUUUUCUAAAUCUGAGAAGCGUACUCAUCUUUUUGUAGCAUUCGUAUAAUUCCAUCCAGCUUAUUAGUUUUUCGCUUACGGAGCUGUAAACGUUUGCCAUUUUGUUUAUUAUUACGCAUUCACAACGCAGUGAUGGAGCAACUACGCCAAGAGUAGUCAUUUGCGCUAUCUUUGGCCAACCUUGUGUGCGUAUGUGUGUUAAAAGCGAAACAAUUCUCGAACCACGGAGAGCAGCGUCGAGGCAGAAAACACGCGGGGAACGCUGUGGUGACGGCAGAAGACGCUGCGCCAAAUGCGCGAAAUGUGACGGUCAGACGACUAUGCUUACGCAUUUCUAUUUAUCUUUGAAAUAAACGUGCAGUGCUAUUGUCGA